CCAGAGAUCAUUAGUCUCAGGCUGUGAGUGCAAAUUGUGCAAACAGUAUCACUCUCAAGUGUUUCUCACCGAGAAACUAGACGCGACUUAACAGUCUGUGUUCGAAUGUAUCCAACACUACUUUGACCCUUGAGCUAAGUAUAGAGUAGAAAUCCAUCUAGAAACAACUUUUCAAAAUGUCCUGCGAUGCGAAAGAAAUUUCGAAGAAACUCGGACAGAAGUCCGACUGGCGAGCAUGGCAACUUGCCAUACGUCAGGAAGCUAGCCGUCUCGGCCUGCUUCAAAACUACACGAAUGUAGUCGGCAUUCCGGCAGCUCCUCAUGGUAUUCCUAACGGAGUUACCAAUCGGGAGGAAACAAUUCGGCAGAAGUGGCGCAACCUGAAAGAUGCGAUUAUUCGUAGUCUGAAAGGUGCCGCUGCGUCGUUCAUCAACAACCAGAACGAUAAUGGGCAGGUGGAUGCGAUGGAUGCAGGUGAGGUUGUUGUGCUCCUUCGUGAUGUAGGACACUUCGAUCAAAACAACCGUCAGGAACAACGGAUGAAAGUAAAACCGCUUACGGAUGGCGUGUUGAAGUUCCACAACGCGGAUCAACCUGCAGAUGUCACAGGAUUCUUGUCGAAAGUCCGAGACAUCAUGAACCAGUCGCCCACCGUGUACCCGCCGGAAGCAGGAGUGCCAGAAAGUGACCAACAAAAUGGUGCACUGCUACAGAAGUUGCCAGAGCUGUUCUGCAAGAACUUCAAGGCAACGAUCGAACGCAUGCAGGAAGAAGAUGGUCUGACAUUUGACCAGAUUGGUGACCGACUUGAAAAGCGUCUUGCGACGUUGAUCGAGGAGGGAACCUACAAAGUUGAGAACGAUUCCUUCGGGAAGGCGUUCCCGGUCAAUGUUCAGGAGACCUCGAAUAAGCGUUCUCGUGAAGAGGAAGAUGACGAGGAAAAGGCCAAUGAAGGUGGUAAGAUCUUUCUGUCUAAAAGUGCUCUCAAGCGCUUCAAGGCAAACACAAAGAAGAAGAUCGCCGCCGAGGUCUAUGCCUCCAAUUCGAACGGCAAAGGAAAGCCGCAGAACAAAAAUAAUAAAGGUUCUGGAAAACAAGAUACCCGUCCAGUCUGUUGGAUCUGCAACAAACCGGGUCACAAAUCCGCGUCUUGUUGGAAGAAUCCACAGAACCAGGCAAACUGGAACUGGAACACCAAUUCCCAAUCUAGUAGUGCUAUGGGUAAAGGUGGAAAGGGUAAUGGCAUGGUUCACAUGUCCCAAGUUGCGGAGCUGUGGCAAGCUCUCAACGGCGGAAAGCAGAGCUGAGUUGCGGAACCGGUGGAAAGCGGAUUUUGCUCGCUGA